UUUCUCUCGCAAUAGUACUUUGCUUGGCUCUUGCUAUGACAAGUGCCUUCAGAGUCAGACAAGGAAACGGAGUCCAGCAACUCAUGACUGACAUGCAACAAGGUAUCCAAGAUGGUAACCAAGCUCUUACUGACUCCGAAGCACUCCUCAACGACGCCACCGAAGCCACUGAAGGCAUGGCCAACCAAUUCAUUGGACAAGGUCUCAAUGCUGCAGGACAGUUCACUGGAGCUGCUGUUGGAGGAACCAGACUUCAGCAGAGUGUUGGAGAUGCUGUCAACGUUGCCACUACUGACGGUACUACUUUGACUAAUGAUGCUGUUGAGCUUACCAACGAUGCCACUGCUGUAUUCAACGACCUCAACUCUCAAUUCUUGAACACUGCCACUAACUUCAUGGGUGGUAUGAUGGGAGGAGCCACUGGAGGAGCCACCGGAGGAGCCACUGGAGGAGCCAGACUUCAGCAAGGAAACCUCGCUCAAGACAUCGGAACUCUCAACCAGGCCACUCUUGGAGCUAUCCAAGACGGAGAAACCGCUUUCAAUGACGCUCUUGAUCAAACUGAGUUAUUGACCAACAACGCUCUCCAAGGACUCGAGAAUGCUAUGGGUGCCCAAGGAGCCACUGUCAAUGCACCAACCAGACUCCAACAAGCCACUCAAACUGAUGUAGCUGAUGACACCAACGCCGUCACUAACGACUUCGCUGGCUUGACCAACGACGGAAUUGCUUUGACCAACGACUUGUUACAACAGACCAAUGCUGCUUUCGCUCAAUUGAUGGGAGGAAUGACCGGAGGAUCCAGACUUCAGCAAGCCACUCAAUCUGAUGUAGCUGAUGACACUACCGCCGUCGCUAACGACUUCGCUGGUAUGACCAACGACGGUAUUGCUUUGGUGAACGACUUGUUACAACAGACCACUGCUGCCUUUACUCAGUUAAUGGGAGGAUUUACUGGUGGAGCUACAGCUGCUCCAGCUGCUACAGCUGCUCCAGCUGCUACAGCUGCUCCAGCUGCUCCAGCUGCUCCAGCUACUCCAGCUUCAGAUGAUACUACCGCUGCUCCAGCAGGUGGUGAUGCCGCCGCUGCAGGAAGAAGAAGACUACAGAGAUUCCACUAAUUCGGGAAAUAUAGAAGGGUAAGCUAACAGAGAAGUAGUUUUCUGGU